AGCUCGAGUCGGGGUCGAUCGAGAGCGAGGGAGGAUGCCAUCGGUUAUGGGCGGCGGCAGCGGCAGCGGCGAGAAUGAAUCGCCCAUUCGCAGCGGCGGGCGGCCCCCGCGCACAUUCAGCCUCAGCAAUCUCAUAUCGGAGCUGGUUGGAUCGUCGUCGUCCAAGAGCCAGCAGCAGCAGCAGCAGCAGCAGCAGCCACCAGCGGCGCCGCCCAUCCGGCGGAUGUGGUCCGCGGGGGACGUGGAGGGGCUGACGCGCUGCCCCUACUCGGCGGUGGUGAAGAAUCCGGGCGUGCCAUUCGAGUUCCAGAUGCCCGUCCACUACCCGCGCUUCACCCGGCAGCAGUACGCCACCAUGCCCGAGUGGCAGAUCGAUCGGCUGCUCGAGGAGUAUGGGCUGCCCGCGCACGACAUGGGUGGCGUUGAGGACAAGCGCCAGUACGCCAUCGGUGCCUUCCUGUGGAAGGAGCAGCAAUCUUAAGCGCGCCCGCGAUCCAGGCGGUUUUCUUCACGAGGAGGUGAGAGAUAGAGGAGAGGGAGAGAGUUGGAAUCCAUAGCUUUCGCUUGUGUUGGUGACGAAAGGGAAGAAAGGAUUUCGAAUAUUCUGACCUAAAGUGGCACGGUGGCCGUGGAUUCGGUCGCACGGCCGGCGGCUGCGAUUCUCUGGGGGAUAGCGCGGGGGAUAUACCGUGCCGUCCCUGCCGCCAGUUUUGGCGGCUAGCCCCCAGAUUUAGCGUAGCGCGUCUUUUUGUAAAAGUAGAAAACGCUUGGAAUACACAAAGCUGUUCCUUCACGGCA